GCGCAUAGCAGCCCGCGCGGAUGCUGCGUCCACGGUCCUCAGCGCGCAGCUCAGCGAGGGGGCUCUCAUCACACAUCGCAUAGAAAAUCCAAAUACCGCAUCACCACGCUUUAGCACCUCUUACAGGUUCAAAAAGAAGCGUCAAAACAAACGAAAUACCUUUGCCUUUUUUGAAACAUUGGUCGGGACAGUCAUCUCAAAACGAUGUCUCCAUCGCUCAUUUUUUCCUCUGCGGAACCUCCAUCUAACCAGGCAACAACUGCACUAUUUUAGGAUCCAUCACAUCCAUCCGUAGUAAGCACACUGCUAAACACCUGGGAGAUAAGGACGAGAUGAUAACAGCUUCUGAGUGAACCCAACCGCUCUUGUGUUUCUCCUGGAUAUUCCCUUUUCCCAACAAACCACGGCAAUGUCCUUGGAGCAUGGCCUGGCUUCCUCACCAAUCCCAUCAUCCCGCAUCCUUUGAAUCCUAACUCAUCAGCACUACAGAUCUACACAAUAUCUCGCUCGGUUUUGCGCCCCCUCUUUGCUCUCGUUCUCUGUGUCCUGAUGGAUUGGAAGCAGCCCGAUCCCUCGUUGUGUUGACCCUCGGGGUGAGGGGGUUGAGUGGAGAGGACAGGUUUCUCCAAAUACACUAGAAGUGUCCUGCUGUCAUUGUCCCGAUUUCCUCUGAUGGAGAGAUAGAAGAACGGGAGGAACUACCGGGGAGGGAGAGGAGUGGAGAAGCAGACUCAAAACCAAAAAACUCAAGCCAAGAAUCAUCACUGAUACUGACCUUGUGUUGCUAAAUCCUCUUGCACUAGAAGAAUUCAUUUAGAUCAAGCAUCGUGGACCCAACAACCUAAGAUUCAAGAUGUCCACCACGGCAACCAUGGGUGAGAUGGCGAAUAGCGCAGUGGAGUUUUACCCCAAGCGGGGUGGAGGAGACGCAGAAACCAACCACGCUGGAGACUUUGGGGUGACACUGGAGGAGCUCCGGUCCCUGAUGGAGAUGAGAGGACCCGAGGCCUUGCAGAAAAUUCAGGAAAGCUUUGGAGAUGUAGAAGGCCUAUGCCAGAGACUCAAGUCUUCCACCAGUGAUGGUUUGUCAGAUAACCCGACAGAUCUGGAGAAGCGCAGACAGGCAUUUGGACAAAACUUCAUACCCCCGAAAAAAGCCAAGACCUUCCUUCAGCUGGUGUGGGAGGCAUUACAAGACGUCACCCUCAUCAUCCUGGAGAUUGCAGCCAUCAUCUCCCUCGGCCUGUCCUUCUAUCAGCCACCCGGACACGAGAGCGAGGGUUGUGGAAAUGGGUCAGGAGGAGCUGAAGAUGAGGGGGAGGCAGAGGCAGGAUGGAUCGAAGGUGCAGCCAUCCUUCUCUCUGUCAUUUGUGUGGUGCUGGUGACGGCUUUCAACGACUGGAGUAAAGAGAAACAGUUCCGGGGACUGCAGAGCCGCAUCGAGCUGGAGCAGCGAUUCGCUGUGGUGCGCAAUGGAAACGUCAUCCAGAUCCCUGUCGCCGAGAUGGUGGUUGGGGACAUGGCCCAGGUCAAAUACGGUGACCUCCUACCUGCUGAUGGGGUCCUGGUUCAGGGAAAUGACCUGAAAAUCGACGAGAGCGCUUUAACUGGUGAAUCAGACCAUGUGCGGAAGUCGGUCGACAAGGACCCCAUGCUUCUCUCUGGUACCCAUGUGAUGGAGGGAUCAGGCAGGAUGCUGGUGACCGCAGUUGGAGUCAACUCUCAGAGUGGCAUCAUAUUCACACUACUGGGAGCUGGAGAAGGGGAGGAGGAGAAGAAAGAGAAGAAAGGCAAGCAGCCAGAGGCAGCUGUGGAGACCAAUCAGAAUAAAGCCAAAAAGCAGGAUGGAGCCGUUGCCAUGGAGAUGCAGCCUCUGAAGAGUGCGGAGGGUGGUGAAGUGGAGGAGAGAGAGAAGAAAAAAUCCAACGUGCCCAAGAAGGAGAAGUCUGUACUGCAGGGCAAACUCACCAAACUGGCUGUACAGAUUGGCAAAGCAGGUCUUGUGAUGUCAGCCAUUACAGUUAUCAUCCUGGUGCUGUACUUUGUGAUUGAGACGUUUGUUGUGGAGGGGCGGACCUGGUUGCCUCAGUGCACGCCUAUCUACGUACAGUAUUUUGUCAAAUUUUUUAUCAUCGGUGUGACUGUGCUGGUGGUAGCUGUGCCUGAGGGUCUUCCCCUUGCUGUUACCAUCUCCCUGGCCUAUUCGGUUAAGAAAAUGAUGAAGGACAAUAACCUAGUGCGUCACUUGGAUGCCUGUGAGACAAUGGGCAAUGCCACUGCCAUCUGCUCUGACAAGACCGGCACCCUCACCACCAACCGCAUGACUGUGGUGCAGUCCUACAUCAAUGACCAGCACUUCCGUGAGAUCCCGGACCCCAGCCAGAUCAACCCUAACACCCUGGAGAUCAUUGUCAAUGCCAUAUCUAUCAACUGCGCCUAUACCUCCAAGAUCUUGCCCCCGGAUGUGGAAGGAGGUCUGCCCAAGCAGGUUGGUAAUAAGACAGAGUGUGGUCUGCUGGGCUUUCUGCUGGACUUGAAGAGAGACUAUGCCCCUGUGAGAGAGCAGAUCCCAGAGGAGAAGCUUUACAAAGUCUACACUUUCAACUCUGUACGCAAGUCCAUGAGCACUGUGGUACAGAUGCCGGAUGGAAGUUUCCGGCUCUACAGCAAAGGAGCUUCUGAGAUCCUUCUGAAAAAGUGUUCCUCGAUACUUGGUGCCAAUGGUGAAGCACGUAACUUCAAGCCGCGCGACCGAGAUGAGAUGGUGAAGAAAGUGAUCGAGCCAAUGGCGUGUGAAGGCCUGCGAACCAUCUGCAUCGCUUAUCGGAACCUUCCCUGCGACCCCGAGCCUGACUGGGAUAAUGAAGCCGAAAUUGUCACCGAUCUGAUUUGCAUUUCUGUCGUCGGGAUUGAGGAUCCCGUUCGACCUGAGGUCCCUGAUGCCAUUCGCAAGUGUCAGAGGGCAGGCAUCACUGUGCGCAUGGUCACUGGCGACAACAUCAACACAGCACGAGCUAUUGCUGCCAAAUGUGGCAUCAUUCAGCCCGGGGAUGACUUUCUGUGCAUUGAUGGUAAAGAAUUCAACCGAAGAAUCAGGAACGAGAAAGGAGAGAUUGAGCAGGAGAGGAUUGAUAAGAUCUGGCCCAAGCUCAGAGUCCUUGCACGUUCCUCCCCCACGGACAAACACACUCUCGUAAAAGGCAUCAUUGACAGCACUGUGCUGGAGCAGAGACAGGUGGUGGCCGUAACUGGUGACGGGACAAAUGACGGACCGGCUCUCAAGAAGGCAGAUGUGGGCUUUGCGAUGGGUAUAGCAGGCACUGAUGUAGCUAAAGAAGCCUCUGACAUCAUCCUGACCGACGAUAACUUCUCCAGCAUUGUGAAGGCUGUCAUGUGGGGGAGAAAUGUGUAUGACAGCAUCUCCAAGUUCCUGCAGUUUCAGCUUACUGUCAAUGUAGUGGCCGUCAUCGUUGCUUUCACCGGGGCCUGCAUUACACAGGACUCUCCACUGAAAGCAGUACAGAUGUUGUGGGUUAAUCUGAUCAUGGACACAUUUGCCUCUUUGGCUCUUGCAACUGAGCCACCCACCGAAGCUCUGCUGCUUAGGAAACCCUACGGGCGCAACAACCCCCUCAUCUCACUCACAAUGAUGAAGAACAUCCUGGGUCAUGGAGUCUAUCAGCUCAUCAUCAUCUUCACCCUGUUGUUUGUUGGAGAGAAAAUCUUCAACAUCGACAGCGGCCGUAACGCUCCCUUACACUCCCCCCCAUCUGAACACUACACCAUCAUCUUCAACACCUUUGUCCUGAUGCAGCUCUUCAACGAGAUCAACGCUCGCAAGAUUCACGGCGAAAGGAACGUGUUCGACGGCAUCUUUGGGAACCCUAUCUUCUGCAGCAUUGUUCUGGGAACAUUUGGAGUGCAGAUUGUGAUUGUGCAGUUUGGGGGCAAGCCCUUCAGCUGUUCCCCUCUCAAUUUGGAGCAAUGGCUGUGGUGCCUCUUCGUGGGAGUUGGAGAAUUGCUGUGGGGUCAGGUGAUAGCCACAGUGCCCACUAGUCACCUGAAGUGUCUGAAGGAGGCAGGCCAUGGACCAGGGACGGAUGAGAUGUCGGAGGACGAGCUGGCCGAGGAUGAGGAGGAGAUAGACCACGCUGAGAGAGAGCUACGCAGGGGGCAGAUCCUCUGGUUUAGAGGCCUUAACCGUAUCCAGACUCAGAUGGAGGUAGUGAGUACGUUCAAGAGAAGUGGUUCGUUUCAGGGUGCUGUGAGACGUCGAUCCUCAGUGCUCAGCCAGCUCCAUGACGUUACCAAUAUUUCUACCCCCACUCAUAUGCAGGUGGUGAAAGCGUUCCGUAGCUCCCUUUACGAUGGAAUCGAGAAACCCGCAUCCAGGAAUUCCAUCCACAACUUCAUGGCACACCCCGAGUUUCUCAUCAACGACUUCAUCCACAACAUCCCACUGAUUGAUGACACUGACAUUGACGAUGAAUCGGAGUGGUCGAGGAACAACCAGCACUUGCAUCCGGCCUUCCGAAAGCCCCCUCCUCCUCCGGUCCAGCAGCCACAGCGAAGCCGCCCACCGCCCCGUCCCUACCGCCAGUACAGCCUCCCUGACACAUCUAACCGCAACAACAAUGCCAUUGAGAGCAGCGUCUACCAGCUGAACCUCCCCACAGGUCUAGACGGCCAUUGGACAACCCCAUCUCAGCAGAUGUACCCCCUCCUCGCCCUGGAGACCUCUCUAUGACUAACUGGGCUCCAGAGUAAAAGACCUUAAAAACUUUGAGGAUGUGGACCUGUGCAGGUCAGGCUGGUGGGGGAGGCUUCUACAGACAUGUGGUAGAUGGUCGACACCCAAUACUAUGACAGGGUCAACCCAUUACAAUCAUUCCCCCACUACCACCAUCCACGAAAACACUAUCACUCCUCAUGUCUCAACAACAGCCCCACAGACACCUCUCCUCUCACCGUGUGGAGAGGAGGCCAGUCUGUUGCAUGUCUGUGGUUCCUUUGGAUGGACCUGAGAAGGUGAGGAAUCCAGACCCAAUGGAUUUUAGCGGCUCUUUAGUGCUGGCGACUAUUGACUUCUCAGAAUGCAAAGGAAUAUGUUCCCUACAGGUGGAGUAGGGGUCCAUUCACUUUACUUUUUAUCAGUGUUACUAAACUCAGUAUCAUUGUUAUCAUGUUUGACUUCUUACUAUCACCACCGUCAUCCCGAGUGCUCGGAUUAUCAUUGCGAUAUCACAGAAAAUGACUUUUAUUACUCUGAGUAAUGCUUUAUGGAUUAGCUUUAAAUAUAUAUAUAUAUAUAUAUAUAUAUAUAUAUAUAUAUAUAUAUAUAUAUAUAUAUAUAUAUAUAUAUAUAUAUAUAUACAUCAUGUAUCUAUUUAUUCAUUUAUUUAUUGUGAUCACCAUGUUUUUUUUUUUCAUUUUCACUUUGUCUAUCUCUCUCUCCCUGUGUGUGUCUAUGUGUGUCGUGUCUGUCCUGAAAGCAUAAAAAAGCUAGAAAAAAGAAGUACUAACAAAGAUAAUAUUAAUUUGAAGCUUAGACUAAUUCAAUUAUAAUGCGUCUGCUGAUAACAAAAAUACGACAAAAACGUUGCCGCACCAUUUUAAUGAUCAUUGUUUAACAGCAUUUUGGGUAAAAGAAAAAGUAUUCUCUUAUUUGAGGGCAAUUUGUAGCUUCACUCUAAGUGGGAGUAAGCAUUUUUUCAAACACAAAAAUCAUGUUCAUGUUUAACAUAUGCCACAGGGUAGAGGAUUUGGGCAAUCCCAUCACAGAGAUUCAGUGGCCCUGGGUGGGAUUUCAGUGGUUUUCCAUCUCAGCAACGGCAAUCAGCUUUACGACAAAAUGGCCUUGUUAGUAUGUCUUACCUUGUUCAAAGUAGCUGGAAUUGCAUUUAAGGGUUUCAGUGGGUUUGCCCAGACUCAACAUUUAAUGGCGUCUUAUAUUUCUUUGACAUAAAAGCCAUUAAAAUGCAUAUUGUGCAGAUGACACCAACAAAUGCAUCAACCCUUUAAACAUGUUCAAAUAAUUAUAUUCGCUCAGUCGAUGCAUAUCUGCUGGCCCUUUAAAUACAUUCACACUCACACCUGCUUUCCUCAUGUGUGUGGGAUAUUUAUCAUCUCGUGUGAAUAUCUGCAGACUGUGGUCACCAGGGUAGGGAAUCCAUCUUAUACUGCCAUACUAUAUUUAAAAAAUAUCAAAGAAACUAAAGAUGGACUAUCUGUGAGGUUGUCAUUACUUUUGCACAAUAUCAAGGUUCACUGAGCAAACAUUCACUAUGGACUUUCCAUAUACUUUAGCAUUUCAGAACAACAUGUUUGCACAGAACAGUAUUCCCUGUUAUAUAUGUAAAGGCAUGCAUGAUUCUCCAUGUCAGAUCUUUUCAUUGACAUUCUACUGAUCAAUUGUACCAUCUGGGGUUACCUCCUUUUACACCCCAUAAUCAUCUGGAAUGGUACCGUUGUGAUCGUACUGCUACAGUUGAUGCAUUGCAACCUAAUACAAUCAUUUUGGGGAAAGAGACUGGCACUUAUGCAACAGACUGCCCUGCCCACAGCUCUGUGAAUUACGCUUCACAACAUGUACAUAUGGAUCUAAAAAAAACAACAACAACCUUUAUCUGUAUAGAACACUUUUCUAGAUGGUCCAGUUUAAAGAAACUGGUCAAUAUCGAAAGCAGACAAUGCAAGCAUGAGCUUCACUAGAUCAUGUCAUUGCAUUGGUCGGUCGUGUCUUUGCGGAGCAUGUUGAUAUCAUAUCGUUCGCUUUACACUGUCGUUGUUUGACUUCACUUUCAUCUGUCGAUGCUUCACUGUGGCUCUUAAGCGGUUGGUGGACAUACACUUCUCCUCCCAGCGCAUCUGUGCUGUCAUUAAUGUGCUGUAGUCUGAUGUUCUCCUCUUGAUACUCUGCCCUGUCUGUGGCGUGGAGCAGUGUCACACUGUCAAUCUGACAAGUUGCUUAAAAUGGGUUGACUCGUUCUACGACUAGCAGGACAUUUGUUGUUGGAUCUGUAAAUGGAAACCCAUUUUUUAUAGGAAUAUUCUGGGUUUAGACCCUGUUUUUCUUUAUAAAAAUAAAGCAAAAACCUGGGGGAUACAGCAAGGAUUACAAUGGAAGUGAAUGUGGCAAUCCAUAAACAUUUAAAUACUAAUUGUUCUAAUAGUGUUAAAUGCCACAAGAUGUAAACAGUAUGAAUUUCAACAUGAAUUUAGUGUGGGGGGGAAAAAAUCUUCUCUUCUGUGUAAAGUUAAAUCCAAAAUGUACAACUUUUGCCAUGAUGAUGCAACAACAUAGACCAUAAAAUGAUUGUAAAAAUGUAGUUUAAACAGCUCAAAUAAUACGGAAGAUUUAUGUAAGUACCAUUUUUAUGAUUACAACUGUCACAUUUCUGCUUUUGAAAAUCCUUCAAAAACCAUUCCACUUCAUUGAAAGUGCCUCUUCGCAACCUUGAUUUUUGCUUCGUAUAUAAUUUAUCAGUAACAUUAUCUAUAAUUGUCUCUCAUUUUCUUUUAAAAACGACUUAAAAGUAAUUGUUGUGGUCUUGUAUUGAACCCAGAAUAUUCCUCCAAGCGAAAGCGUGUUCUAUCUGCAUGAGUUUGUCUGACAUUUGGCUGGGUUGGAUCAGGCUCAGACAGUUCCAGUGGAGUCUCUAGUGUGGAGAGCGCUGGCAGGUCUCACAGACUGAACCCAUGGAAAGGUCCAGACACAAUCAGCAGGUCAGUGGUGGUCAGGGAGGGUCAGUCAGUAAACCUGCUUUUCCAUAAUAAAGCAACAUUUCCUAACCUUAUCUUAUCCUCAGCAAAGCUUAACUACCCAAAUAGGCCUCAAGCUAUGCUCGUCUCUGAAUAAUUUUUAAAUCUAACAACAGUAUAUCUAAGACGUAUACCCCAAUCAUUCAACUCUCCGGACAGUUAUGAUAUAUACUGUAUAUAACAAUGGUAUAUGUAUGGUAUCCCUCCUCUCCACCACAACAGACAUCCACUUUAUCAAGACUCCUGAUAGAGUGACAAAUAUAUAUACACACACAUAUAUAAAUAUUAAAAAAGAAAACAGAUAAUCCAAAACUUCAUCGUCUGCCUUCAUUUUGUUCCAUUCUGUUGUAAAAAUAUCAUGCAAGGUAAGGUGAAAAAAAAUGUAAUGUGAAAAAGAGUAAAUAAUAUACUAUAUUUAUUAUAAAAGUUAUAAAUUAUUGUACAACUGCACCACAACUGUACAUUUUGCCGAAAUGUGCACAUGUGCAUCUUUUGUUUACGAUUUAAGCACUUUUUUUUGUUUGUCUCUUCCUCUUUCUCCCUCCUUUUGCUGUUUUGUAAAGAAUUCAAAUUGAACAGCUUGUACAUUAUUAUGAUGAUUAUUAUUAUUACUACUAUUAUUAUUGUCUUUUUCCAUCAGUGCUCUUUUAACUGAUGGAAGAAACAGCUGCACAUUCUCCUGAACAUACACUUUCUGCUCUACAAAGGAAUAAAAAUAAAAAAAGACAGAAAAAAAAUUGAACUAUUAAAUAUAUUAAUUAUUACCUGCCUGUUACUUAAGAGAAAAAUCUAUAUAUGAUGAAAGAACACAGCUGUAUACUGUAGACUAAACUGUAUGGAAAUCUAAGAAUUUAAUGGGAAAAUAAGUCAACACUUUUUGUCUGUAUAAAAAAAAAAAAUCUAAUCAAAGUAUUCUACAAUAAUAACUUUGGCCAGUGUC